UCUAUUUUGUUCCACAGCUAGGUUCUCCGUCGGUGUUUCUCACGCCAUCCACACCGGAAAGGAGCCGCACGUCCCGCUGCACCUUCGAGGCGUGAUCCUCGGCGCCGGUUUCCUCGGGCGCCUCAUGAAGGUGGCCGACUCGUCGGAGUUCCUCUACGAGAUGUCGCUGAUCACCAAGAAGGGUCGAAAGAGCCUCGCCGAGAACUUCGCCAACAUGAGACGCAAGGUGAGGACCCUGAUCGGCAAACUGGCCGCGCUGCUCCGGCUCAGGAAGACCAUCUUCACGUCGGAGAAGGAUCCCACGCUGUUCCAGAAGCUCACGGGCUUCAACAACCAGGCGAGCGCCCUGUACUCCGAGAGGCCCCUCAACAUGGUCCAGUACGAGAAGUACGUGCAGAGCGACGAGUUCAAGCGAGCCAUGCACAUCGGCAGAGACGUCGAGUUCAUGAAGGCCGAGGGCAAGGUGUCGACGAACCUGAAAAACGACUACUUGACCGACAUCAGUGACGAGAUAGAGGACCUGCUGCAGUCGUACCAGGUGCUCUUCUACACGGGUCAGAUGGACACGCUCUUCCCGUCGCGGAACCUGCAGGAAUACUUCCGGUCCCUGAACUGGACCGGCGCCGAGGAGUUCCGGAAAGCGCAACCGAUUCACUGGAAGGCGUACCCCACGUGUCGUUCCGUUUCCGGCAUCGUCGUGAGGGUGCGAAAAAUGACGGACGUGGUUAUCUUCCGAGCGGGACACUACACCGCCGUCGACGAACCGGAAGUGGCCAAUAGGAUGAUGCUGAACUUCAUCGAGGGCAAUGCAACGGCGUGGGAGAUUUACGACGACGCAGGAUCGCGCGUCAACACACAGGCUAAAUUCCCAAAGGGCUAGGCACUCUAGGCACUCAUGUGAUCUUAUGGUGCAUCAUGAAGUCUAGCUAUACACUUUAACAGAGUUUCCACCUAGCGAAUAGCAGUGCGCAGGGCAACCACACGUCUGCUCAUCGCGACCACUGUUUACGUCGAAAAAGAGCCAGAUCUGCUUAUACUCAAUUGCAAUGCUAACGAUACGAUUUCUUAAUCUCAUUUUUUAUCUGAAUAGGCUUUAUUUGCUGCGCCAUUUUCAAAGCUUUUGGAACGUGGCCGGAAGUCCAAUAGUGAGGAGAAAGAAAGUGAUUUGUCGUUUAUGAAGCCCAGUUGUGGUGAAUACGGUAUCGACACAGAUUGCUGCAUUCAUUAUUCGUGCUGUCUGAAAAUGAUUAUCUAAGAACAAAAAUGGCAGCGACAAUAAAAAAAUUUUUCAAACGGGAAUAAAUGGUUGUUUUGUAUUGCCCUUAGUUUGUGAGAGCUUGGAUACAGUAUAGAUGUCCAAUAUGCAAGCACCGAGACAGUCGUUCGCUUUGUCAGGUUAGUAGGCAAAUGAAGGUAAUGUAUUCUCGCGCACGCGUGAGCCUUAUUUGCGUUUCCCGUUGUAUGCGACAAAAAAACAUACAGUAUCUGUUUAUUAUGUAGAAGGCUUUGCACGUUAAAGAAACCCAAGUGGUCAAAAUUAUUCUGGCAUCUGCCACUACGGCGUGCCUCAUAAUAAUAUCGUUUUUCUGACACGUAAAACCCUAGAGUUUCGUUGCUUUUAACGAGACCUUCGCAACCAUUGCACGCUGCAAUGCAUAACAGCAGCUCGAUGCAGCACGACUUCGUGUUCAUAGCGAUCCCCGAACGCGCCCAUACUGCGCCAGGCUAGAAAGUUGUGUAUCAAGAAACCCUUGCACAUAGA